UUGCCGUGCAUUAACACACCGAGUCCGCUCAAUAUCGAUUUUUCAAGGAUCCCACUCGUCGCCAUUUGCGUUGGUCUAGCUAUAAAUAAGGAGCUGCGUGCAGGAAUAGUCUAUAAUCCAGUAACAAGGGAGCUCUACACCGCACAGGUUGGUUGUGGAGCGUUUAGGAAUGGAUUCCCAAUCCACGUGUCUAGUACAACUGGAUUUGAGAUAUUUAAAUGGACGGUAGGUAGAGACAGAGAUGUUGAACGGAUUGCUGUGCGAUACUGCAUGAUUGUGUGGAUGCAUGCUUGA